GCUCCGCGGGACCUCUUCGGCCUCUCGGUGCUGUUACGAGUCAAGUUCAACCUGCGAAGGCAUCAAAAAGCCAAAAGCACCGUCCCCAAGAUGUUCCAGGCCGUCGUCCGCAAGCACCCCGACAAAGUGGCGCUGAUUUACGAGGCCACCGGCGAGCAGUGGACCUUCCGGCGGCUGGAUGAGUACUCCAACGCCGUGGCCAACUACUUCUACCAGCAGGGCUUCCGCCUGGGGGACGUCAUUGCCAUCUUCAUGGAGAGCCGCCCCGAGUUCGUCGGCCUCUGGCUCGGGAUGGCGAAAAUUGGCAUCGAAGCGGCCCUCAUCAACUUCAACCUGCGCUUGGAUUCUCUGGUUUAUUGCGUGACGACCUCGGGCGCGAAAGCCGUGAUCUUCGGAGGGGAGCUGUCGUCAGCAAUAUCUGAAGUGAACGGGAUGCUGGGGAAGAACAUGGUGAAGUUUUGCUCCGGCGAUUACAACCCGGACGUCGUUCCUGCGGAGACCAAACACCUCGAUCCUCUGCUGAGCACGGCAUCGAAAUCGCCCCCGGCUCAGAUUCCAGUCAAGGGUUUAGAUGAUCGCCUCUUCUAUAUCUACACUUCAGGAACCACCGGGAUGCCCAAAGCUGCCAUCGUGGUGCACAGCAGGUAUUACCGCAUCGCUGCCUUUGGUUACUACGCCUACAAAAUGCGCCCCGAGGACGUCCUCUACAACUGCCUCCCGCUCUACCACUCCGCAG